CUUGUCUCCAUUCUUUUCGCUGGCACCAGAAGAAGAAUAAGCAUCAGAGCAUCAGAGAUCUUUGCGCUGGUUUAUAGGAUCGGAUCUCCGACUCGAAUCUGUGUCAAUCUGAAAUCUACUGGAUAAAACAAUACAAUUGGAGAUGUUAUUGAACAUGAAGCACAUCUUCUGGUUCAUUUGUGUCUGCAGCGCUGUAACGCAGGACGACUCAUCAGUGCGUCGGAUGCGGGUGGAGAAAAGUCCUCCAGUUCGAGGCUCAUUGGCGGAGCGGGUGGUUCUGCCCUGUCAUUUCUCCAUCCUACAGUCCCUCGCUGGCACCACCAGCCCCCCCAGCGGCCUUCAGGACCCUCUCCGCAUCAAAUGGACUAAACUGGAGGGAGAAACAGAAGUCACGGUGCUGGUGGCCCAGAAUGGGGGGAUCAAGGUCGGGUCAGAAUUCAAAGAUAGGGUGUCGGUGCCCAGACAGCCUGAGGACAGGGGUGAUGCGUCUCUGACCAUCGUGAGCCUCAGGGCGAGUGACGCGGGGGUCUUCAGAUGUGAGGUUAUGCAUGACAUUGAGGACACUCAGGAUUCUGUCACCCUGGAUGUCAGCGGUGUUGUAUUUCAUUAUCGCACCAACAGCAGUCGCUACACGUUAGACUUCGAGCUUGCCAAGCAGACGUGUGCUGAUGUGGGCGCGACGAUCGCCACGUUUGAGCAGCUGAACUCAGCGUUUGAGGACGGGCUGGAUCAGUGUGAUGCUGGAUGGCUGGCCGAUCAAACCGUCAGAUACCCCAUAACAAAACCGCGAGACGGUUGCCAUGGCGACAUGACAAUGAAGCCGGGAGUUCGAUCGUAUGGAAUCAGAGAUCCAGCAGAAACCUAUGAUGUGUACUGUUAUGUUGGAACACUUCAGGGUGAGGUGAUCUACGCACCGGGUGACCAGAAGAAGACUCUGGAUGAGGCCAGACAGGCGUGUGAGAGAGAAGAUGCAGUUCUGGCGUCUCCGGGUCAUCUGCACGCCGCCUGGAGGAACGGCAUGGACCGCUGCGAUUACGGCUGGCUGUCUGACGGCAGCGCACGCUAUCCUGUCUCUUUUCCCAGAAUGCAGUGCGGCGGAGGACAGCUGGGAGUCAGGACUCUGUAUCGCUUCGUCAACCAGACGGGAUUUCCAUUACCCAGUGAGAAACUCGGUGCAUACUGUUUUAAAGCAUGGGAACCCACGACAGCUCCCACAACCGUGUCCACAGUUAUGCCCACAGCAUCUCUGAUUCCUGACACCCUGACACCAUUCUUGCCUCCUUCAAUACAGACUCAUGACUCCACAGAAGAGCCGCCGUCCAUGUUCUCCACCAGCAUGGCUCCACGUGACACAUCCGUCACUGUCACACCUGCUGAAUCUGAGAUGAUUUCUGACGAGACCUCUCCAUCCCCGUUCGCCGACUAUGAAGACAAACACCCCUCUUUGGUGCAGGCAGCACCUAAUCCUCCUGCUGCCGAGGCUUUCACUGAAAUGCCCAGCUAUUCCGAAUCCUUUUUCUCUAUCCAGCUACCCCUUCAGACCAGCAGAGGGUUCGAGCACAUGGACACUCCUCAUGGAGAAUAUAGUGGCUUUGAGGGCAGCAUCAGUGGGGACGUGGACGCUCCCGAGGUCGUGCAUUCUACUGCACCUGUGUUUGUUACGGCCAAUCCAGGUGAUCCAGAAAAACCAGCCAUUGUUUACAAAGAGGAAGAAAGCACAGCCAACACGACUCAAGAGGGGCUGAUCGUGUCCACCGGGGUCGUGCACGCUGAGAAUAUCAAACCCAUGACGAUCGGCAACCUUCCACUGAGCACAGACGAUCAGAAGCUAAUUAAUCUCUUCGUCGUGGACAUUCCCGAGACAAACAACUCAUUGACGCACAUGGAUAUGUCCAGACAAAUUGAUGAAGUUCUAAAAUUUCUCGGAGAACCAGUGCCCUCCUUUCCUCUUCUGUCUGGUGAAAAUGAGCCUCCUCUGGGCAGCGGAGAUCUCGAUUCAUAUCACUCAACGUCUGUUACCACCCCAGAACUAAGUUUCAUCAAUGGAAAACAUGAGCUGACUUUCACUCCAGACACUAAACAAACUCAGGAGGCCAGAAGAGACCAGUUUGACACCGCUAUCCCAGUAACAGAAGAAAACAUCUCUGAUUAUGAGAUUGACCUGACCACCGAGGAGACUGAGAAAGUCACAUCUUCUCCUGAGAUAGAGGGAUCUGGCUUAGCAGCAAGAAGCCCGACCGAGUCCCAUAUCACACCGACAGAGAGCUUUAAAAUGAUAACCAGCACUGUGUUGAUUACAUCCGCAACCAAAUACCCGAGCCAUGAGAUGCCCUCACAAGCUACAACGUUUGGCAUGCCAGUGUUUGAAGAGGGUUCGGGUAUGCGGCCAACAGAUGAUGAAGAAGAUUCAGUUCCCCCUGAAGGUUCAGCGGAAGAACCACUGCCAACAACAAAAUCUCAGGGUUUGGAUGGAGUGGCUACUGAUGAGACAGAAAUUCUUGAACCAGAAGAGACUACAGAGACGCUUACACUGGAGGGCUCCACCCAGGCACCUUCUGACACAUUUAAAAAAACUCCAGAACCUUCACAAUCCAGCGCCCUUGACGAAGUUAAGCAACCAGACACCGAAGAUUUUGAGGGGUCCACCUCAACUGAUGAUGAGGGCUCGGGCUCGGGACAAGAUUCAUAUCCAUCUAAGGGAGCAAAACAUCCAACAUCAGCUCCAACUUUUCCUGUUUACACUCAAAGCUUCACAGCUUCCUUAACAAAUGAUCCUAAAGCACAAGGAAAACCUGUUGAUUCAACUACACCCAGCACAGACCCCAGAGCUGUUUCGACUUCUCAAGCAGAAACCAUCUCAGAAGAGAGGACUGUCCCUACAAAAGAAUCUCAUGGACAAGACAAAGAGACUACAAGGAGUUCUUUACUGGUGUCUGAAACUGAAACCAGUACAAGCACCACAUUCACAUUUAAUGAGGACAUGAGCUCGGGUGAUCUGCCUGAUGAAGCGUUCUCAAAACAACCUCUCGUUGCUUCUACUGUACCAUCCCUCCACAUCCAACAAACCCAAGAAACAAGUUUCAGUUCCACUCAGAUCAUGUCCGAGUUCACAACACAACAUUCAGUGAGCACCUCUUCUCCAUCUGAUCUUCAUAAAGAAAUACCUUCUUCACAAGAAACAGUUCUCAUCCAAACAACACCUACAGAUCAGAUGACACAGUCAGUACAGAGUUUAGAGGAGACAACCCAGUCAGUGCAAACAGCAUCGGAGACAACAGACUCUGUGCAAACUUUAGAGGGGACACCUCAGUCAGUGCAGACUGUAGAGGAGACAACAGACUCUGUGCAAAAUUUAGAGGGGACACCUCAGUCAGUGCAGACUGUAGAGGAGACAACAGACUAUGUUCAAACUUUAGAGGGGACACCUCAGUCAGUGCAGACUGUAGAUGAGACAACAGACUAUGUUCAAACUUUAGAGGGGACACCUCAGUCAGUGCAGACUGUAGAGGAGACGACAGACUCUGUGCAAACUUUAGAGGGGACACCUCAGUCAGUGCAGACUGUAGAGGAGACAACAGACUCUGUGCAAACUUUAGAGGGGACACCUCAGUCAGUGCAGACUGCAGAGGAGACAACAGACUCUGUGCAAACUUUAGAGGGGACACCUCAGUCAGUGCAGACUGGAGAGGAGACAACAGACUCUGUGCAAACUUUAGAGGGGACACCUCAGUCAGUGCAGACUGCAGAGGAGACGACAGACUCUGUGCAAACUUUAGAGGGGACACCUCAGUCAGUGCAGACUGUAGAGGAGACAACAGACUCUGUGCAAACUUUAGAGGGGACACCUCAGUCAGUGCAGACUGCAGAGGAGACAACAGACUCUGUGCAAACUUUAGAGGGGACACCUCAGUCAGUGCAGACUGUAGAGGAGACAACAGACUAUGUUCAAACUUUAGAGGGGACACCUCAGUCAGUGCAGACUGUAGAUGAGACAACAGACUAUGUUCAAACUUUAGAGGGGACACCUCAGUCAGUGCAGACUGUAGAGGAGACAACAGACUCUGUGCAAACUUUAGAGGGGACACCUCAGUCAGUGCAGACUGCAGAGGAGACAACAGACUCUGUGCAAACUUUAGAGGGGACACCUCAGUCAGUGCAGACUGCAGAGGAGACAACAGACUCUGUGCAAACUUUAGAGGGGACACCUCAGUCAGUGCAGACUGCAGAGGAGACAACAGACUCUGUGCAAACUUUAGAGGGGACACCUCAGUCAGUGCAGACUGGAGAGGAGACAACAGACUCUGUGCAAACUUUAGAGGGGACACCUCAGUCAGUGCAGACUGCAGAGGAGACAACAGACUCUGUGCAAACUUUAGAGGGGACACCUCAGUCAGUGCAGACUGCAGAGGAGACAACAGACUCUGUGCAAACUUUAGAGGGGACACCUCAGUCAGUGCAGACUGCAGAGGAGACAACAGACUCUGUGCAAACUUUAGAGGGGACACCUCAGUCAGUGCAGACUGCAGAGGAGACAACAGACUCUGUGCAAACUUUAGAGGGGACACCUCAGUCAGUGCAGACUGGAGAGGAGACAACAGACUCUGUGCAAACUUUAGAGGGGACACCUCAGUCAGUGCAGACUGCAGAGGAGACAACAGACUCUGUGCAAACUUUAGAGGGGAUAACAGACACAGCGCAGACUUUAAAGGACACAAGUGACUCAUUGCAGACUUUAGAAGACACAACCCAGUCAGUCCAGACAGUAGAGGGUACAUCCCAGUCAGUGCCGAUUUUAGAGGAGAUAACAGACUCUGUGCAAAUUUUAGAGGACAAAACCGACUGGGUGCAGACCUUGGAGGGAACAUCCCAGUCACUGCACACUUUAGAGGAGACAAUAGACUCAGUGCAGAUUUUACAGGACAAAAAUUACUCAGUUGACACUUCAGAGGAGACAAAGCAGGACAUUUCUAUACUUGAGCAGUCAACACAGAAGCCUCUGAGCCCAUCUAUCUCAGAUGAUUCUACAGAACCGCAUGUGCAAGAAACAGUUCAUGUCUUAGAUAGAGAAACAGCCUCUGUUACAGAAGACAUUCCCACCACUACCAUUCCCACAACUACUGUGGCAUUCGAGGAAGAGGUUGAUUAUGAAAAUGGACCUGGUGCUUCAAUAGUUGAGGGACAACCAGAAUCCAGGAGCGAGUUUACCACAAGUCAACCAGAGUCCUGGACUGAUGUCAGCUACCACAUCAUGAGCCCCAUAACUUAUCCUCAGGAUCUCCAGAUUUGCUCAGUCAAUGUGUGCAAGAAUGGAGGAACAUGUUAUUCUAAUGAAAGAGGAAACAUUUGUUCCUGCAUGCCGGGAUUCAGUGGAGAAUACUGUGAAAAUGACAUUGAUGAAUGCGAGUCAAACCCCUGCCGUAAUGGAGCUACAUGCAUUGAUGGGAAAAACUCUUUUGAAUGUCUCUGUCUGCCCAGCUAUUCUGGAACUCUCUGUGAGCAAGAUACUCAGACGUGUGCGUAUGGCUGGCACAAGUUUCAGAGUCACUGUUAUAAGUACUUCACACAUCAUCUGACAUGGGACGCUGCGGAGAGAGAGUGUCGUAUACACGGAGGACAUCUCACCAGCGUUCUGUCUCAAGAGGAGCAGAUGUUUGUCAAUCGUUUGGCACAUGAAUAUCAGUGGAUUGGGCUCAAUGAUAAAAUGUUUGAGGGAGAUUUCCGCUGGACCGAUGGAAACCCGAUGCAAUUCGAGAACUGGAGAUCGGAUCAGCCCGACAACUUCUUCUCGGCUGGCGAGGACUGCGUGGUGAUGAUCUGGCAUGCAGACGGCCAGUGGAACGAUGUGCCGUGUAACUACCGCAUGCCCUUCACCUGCAAGAAGGGCACAGUAUCCUGCUCUCAGCCUCCUGUCGUGGAGAACACACAUAUCUACGGCUUUAAACCGCACUAUGAGGUGAACUCGCUGGUGAGAUAUCACUGCAAGAAAGGCUUCAUUCAGAGACACGUGCCCACUAUCAGAUGCCGAGAGGACGGCCGCUGGGACGAACCUAGAGUCACGUGUAUAAAUCCAUCUGCUUACCAGAAGGCAUACACACACAUACACCAGAACGACAACUUUAAGAAUGUUAAGAAACACAACGAUGAGUCGACUCAGAACAGUGAACGCUGGUCAAUUAAAGACAACUUCAAACAAUGAUCUCCGAACACAGUGAACAGCUCCGGUCCAAAGGGACGAAACCCAACCAUGUGCCUGAUGAAUGUUUGUGAAGCAGAGACGUGAAGAACCCUGAGAGACUGCAACACACACACACACACACACAAGAUCAUCAGCCUACUUAGAGACGAGUCUACUUGAUUCUAUGCAAUAACAAAUGAAAUCACAUACAGUAUUAUAUUAGCGGAGGUGGGGGGUAAUGUCAUGUAUAUAGUGGAGGUGAUGAUCAUGAAGAGUAAAAACAGCUGUGAAUGGUGACUUUUUAAACUUUUGCUAGAGGGGAAAUCUCAGUUGUGAUAUAAACACUGCGGUAACUAAUGCAAUAGAAACACAACCAUCCCAGAGAAACACAAUGGACCACAUCUCAUGACUGGACAACAGUUCUUCAUCAUGAUCUUCCUCACUGGAUUACACAAAUAAUAAUCACAAAACUCAACUCAUAUUCACAUAUGGCUUUAAAAUAUAUCGCCUGUUUUUAUAUGUGGGUUUGUUAUAUUUAACCAUUUGUACCUUUUAAAAAAAACGAAUGUCAUGGUAAAAUAUGAAUACUGUAGGGGACCUACGUGCGGUUGAAUGUGUCAGCCGUUUAUUGUCGGACAUUAUUACAAAUGUUAUAGCCAUAGAAGUUUAAUUUAUUGCUGAAAAUACAUUUAACAAUGAACGAACUGUGAGAUUUUGAAUAAUAAAGCGCUAUUGGAAUAUCAACAACAGUUUCGUUGUGAGUGGUCUCAACGGUGAUGCCACACAUUUCUCACCAUGUG